AUGAUAAUAACAGGCUUCGUUUACAAGCCAGAACAUAAAGCAUCUGCGCUUAAGAUUUCAGGAGGUGAGCUGACUCUUCUCACCUCUGGGAACGUCAGGGUCUGGGAAGCCGAGAGAAGCCUGGCAGACUAUUCUUCCAGUCAUCUUCAGAAACCGGUGGCUUCUGCUGACAGAGUCUCCCAGCAGAAGUCUGAAGAGGUUUUACAAGAGGACCACCACAAAUACGUUGCUGUGGAUAUCACUUCCCCUGACAAGGCAUCCGAGCACAGUUUUGAUAAAGCGAUCAGAGAGGAAGCAGUGGAGCACCUCAGGCGCCUGAAGAAUGAAAUUGCGGCUCACUGGAUAGGCCCUGAAGGCCGCCCACUACGAGAGGUCCUAAUGGAGCAAGCCCAGGUUGUCUGGCAGUUUCGUGAGAAAGAAGAUUUGGAGAAGUGGAUGGUGACUUCUGAUAAGACAAUCGGAGGCAGGAGUGAGAUAUUCUUGAAGAUGGCCAAGAACAACCAGAGUGCUCUGCUCUUUGGAACUCUGAGCUCUGAGGCCCCUCAGGAUGGAGACAGUAGCCAGAGUGGCUACUGUGCCAUGCUAUCCAGGGUUCGAAGGGUAGGCGAGACCUGGAAGUCAGUUUUCUAGUGUUUGGUUGUAGCA